AUGAACGUGGACCAGGCGAGCCAGGAGCCAUGGGCGAGCGCCAGCCUGCUCAAUCGCAGCACGCCGAGCACCUCCACGGGGACGCCGCUGAACACGGCGCAGAGCUCGCUUCCCAGCGCGCCGACGACGUCGAACUCGCACGGGCCGGGCGCGGGCAGCGGGCCGGGCGCGGAGGGGCCGGCGCUGCACCAACAAUUGGUGCCGCAGCAACAGCCGCUGAUGGCGGGGCGGGGGGAGCCGCCGAUCUCUGCGGGCGGGGCGGGCAGCGGGCAGGCACAGGGCCUGUUGGCGCAGCCGCUGGCCCAGCAGAUGUACGGCGCAGCGCCGCACGGCGCGCUGAUGGCGCACCCGCCGCACCUGCAGUACGCGACGGGCUACGGGCCGAGCCACCUGCCGCCGAUCAGCAGUAAGGGCGGGGCGGCGAUGAAGCACCAGGCGGAGGACUUCGGGGCGCUGCACUCGCCGCCGCGGCAGUACGCGGCGCAGCUGCAGCGGCCGCCGAGCACGGCGGGCCAGAUCCCGCUGGUGCUGGCGCCGCAGCAGCGGCACGGAACGCCGCCCGCGCAGGUGCAGCAGCUGCUGCACCAGGCUCCGAGCCAGCACCCACACCAGCAUCAAAACCAGCAUCUGCAUCAAAAUCAGCAUCAAAAUCAGCAUCUGCAUCAAAGCCAACAGAACCCGCAGCACGUCCAGGUGCAGCUCAAGCACUUCCAGCACAUGCAGGACCUGCAUCGGCAGCAGCAGCACCACCAGCUUCUCCUGCAGGAGCAGGAGCAGCGCUGGAAAAAGCGCAAGGCGGGAGAGCCGGCGCCGCAGCCGGUCAUUGCGUCGGAGCUGACGUCCAAGCGCACGACGCAGGAGAACAUCCUGAAGCUGGUGGCGCUGCGGAACAAGGACAAGCCGCUCACGGAGUACGCGACGACGGUCCGGGCUGCAGAGAUUGAGGUCCUGAACAUGGACACGUCGACGCACUCGAAGUCGGACAUCCAGGCGGCGGAGCAGCACCGCGAGCGCGAACGCCAGGUGUAUGCGCUGAUCUGGCUUAUGAACAAUUGCGUGCCGGACGGCGACUCGUACGUCCCGCGGGGCCGGAUCUUUGCGCAGUAUGCGGCCUCGUGUGCGUCGAACAACCUGAAACCGCUGUCCCAGGCGACACUGGGGAAGCUGAUCCGGUCGCUGUUCCCGCACCUCAAGACGCGGCGGCUGGGCAUGCGCGGGCAAUCGAAGUACCACUACUGCGGCCUGAAGCUCAUCUCGCCGCUUCUUAUGUCUGACGAAAUGCCUACUGUGGCGGCGACGCCCGUAUCCAGUUGUAUGAGUACACCAAUUAACAUGAUCAGCACCAACACGGCUUCUAUUAACUUGGACAAUACUUCUUUCAGCAAUAGUACUAUUGAGUCGGCCCCCAGCAGUGCGGCCGGCAUGGUCAACUCGGGCGUCUCGUCGGUAGAUGCCGUCAGCAAUAUCAGCAAGCCGGCUCUGCACAACAACAACAGACGCGUUAGCAUGAUACUUACAGGCGCACACGAGAACCUGAAGUUCAUUGACAACUUCUUUUCCAGAACGUGUGAGGAAAAGGUGGAGCUUCCGCUGGCAUUCCCAUCUAUAAAUCCAUACCUUCCUCACAACGUGGAUAUGGAUAUUGCAUCGUCGGUUGAGUCCCUAUACAAGGUCUACUGCAACCAGCUGUUCGAGAACAUCCGAUUCAUGAAAUUUGACGAUCUUCCUUCCACCCUAGAGUCUUUCUCGUCCGGUUCCAUAUCUCCGCAGAUGUACAACCUCUUUAUUUCGGAGGAGCUGUAUCAGUGGGUCGAACAUUCGGAUCUAAUCACGUACCGGGCACUCGCUAAAAUGCUGUCCAGUCUGAUUGUUGAAUUCGACGAUAUACCGGACAUUGUGCUGGAUAAGCUGUCUCAGUUUUCCAACACUUACUUGGCAAUGAUUACAAAAGCUACUAUAGAUCUCCCAGUCCCCAUUGUUUCCAGUAAAAAGCGAAUUGUGUCGCAGUUUAUUCAGUUGGUCAAACGCUUGAUUAAGGUCAUAGACUCUGGUCGAAACGCCUCAAAGAUUGUCUCUUUGGAACAAAACCGCAAUAACAUGUUCCAGGAUUGGAAUCAAUUUGUUAACCUGGAAGAUGUGCUGGCCAUUGAAAUGUCGCAUUUCAGUAAAGACUAUCCCAAGAUGAAGGAACAGAUAACUGCCUUUGUCCAAAAAGAAUUGCUUGGUUUGCUCUCUCCGGAAUAUAUGUCCUUUGAAGGAAACAAUGCCUCCAAUGGUUUUGCGAAGUUGGCUAGGUUUGCAAAGAAACUUUGUGAGUUACUACAAAGUUGGGGUCAUUUACCCGGCAGAAUCGUUGCCUUGAGCUUUGUGGGUCUGACAACGACUGCAUUGAGAGAACUUUCCUUUCAUGAUGCGGAAAGUUUUGGCGCCUGGUGGAUACUUAAAUCUUUCGUCGACGAGUGGGUGUAUUGGUGCGGUGAAGUAGGAUGCUUCCUCGACAACUGA